UCUACCAGAGAGUAUCCAGUUUAAUUUCCCAAGGAAGAUGCAAGGGAUAAUAUCGAUUUUGGCCAUUGUUUUAUGUGGCCUAGGAGUUGUGAUUUCUCUGAGUUGUAAGGAGUGCCUAACCACCGAUGUCUACUGCAUCAACCAAACUUCAUAUAGAAAUUGUAUAAACAACGUUCCUAUUGGAAAUGUUAUAAACUGUCGUGCUGAUACGGUUUGCUCUAAUUCUAAUGACGUGUGUGUGGAAAGUUCGAAGAUAAAUGAAGAUAUACAGGAUGUGUGUGGCACCUCUGGAGGAAUCGGAUGUGGACAGUGUACAUCUAACAAGUUCACUUGUGUCAGCCAAAAUCAAUUCGUUAGAUGUUCUGGCACUACUUUAAUUGACUCCAAUAUCUAUAACUGCGACACUGAUGAAGUGUGCAUUUCUGAAGCAAUUAGCAAAUAUGAAAACAUCUGUGUGCCCUCAUGCGCCCGUGAUUUUUUGAACCUGAAAGCCACUUGCAGCAACGUCGACUACACGACGACGACAACCGCAGCUCCGACUACUACUACACCCAGUCCGGAUGAAAAAGCAAGUGCGUGCUCCGCAGCAGAAACUUCUUUACAAAUACCAGCCACUACCAAGUACUUCCUGACCAAAUACCCCUUGGAUACCUGCGGAAGUUAUCUCUACUGCGAAAAAAAUGAAAAAACAGCUAAAUGGGACACCGUAUAUGUGCCGUGCCCUGCAACCAAGCCGUUCUUUGACUCUGCUAAAUCCUUAUGUGUGGCAACUAAACCAUCUAGUUGCACCUGAACCGACUAGUUAGAAGACUAUAAACAUUCAUUGUUAUUUAAAUAAAGCCGAUUGCAUGACAAUGGCGACUUUUUAAAAACUUAAAAAUAUAUUUUAUUCCUUUAAUAAAAUAUAAUGUAACUACAAAUUGUUGUAAUUAUAACUUACAAAACCAUCUUAUCUUA